GUCCCCAUCACGUGAUCUCGGAAACUGAAAUCGUCCAAGUUCGUUUUAUCAAUCCAGAAACGCAGACGAUGGAGUCCGUGCUAUCUCUCGUUGCGCUAUGACCGUAUUAAUAAACCUUUGAAAAACUCAUGGAAGAUCAGCAAAGUUUUUUUCUUUUAAAUCCGUAAGGCUUAGUGGUUGAUUAAUAAUAUUUUUCUGGGUUUUCUCUUACUUGACAGAAUGUAACAGUUGUAAGCCCACAAUGGAACAAGCAAUUGAAAGCUCGGAGAACUUCGACGGUGAGUCUGCUUCUUUCUCCCCGCGAUUCCCAUCAAGGCUUUCGGCGUAAAAUUAGAUCAGACGCCGGUGGUUUUACCUAAAGUUAAACCUGAUUAUAACUUUAGUAGUUUAGUCUUUUUUCCUUCUUUCACACUACUAUUGUUUCAACAGGUAGUGUCAUUUAAAUAAAAGUCUGAUUUGGGGGAAACUUUCUCUAGUGACAAAGCCUCAAACAAAAUUGUCGACAUAAAAUGUUACUAGUAAAUCGUAAAUAGUGGUAUUCAUAUGUGAUUGAUUCUUUUAAUAACAGAGCACUGAACUGUUAAAUAAUUUGAUUCAAAUGUCUUACGGUUGAAAGAUAUGUUUAACAAAGUGAUGGAAAAUCAAAAAAUGUAUAAAAGAAAUCAAUGAAAAUUUAUUUUAAGAACUAAGACGUAAGACGUCACUAUUCUGGGGGGCUGUAAUUUUUAUGUUUUUGUUUUCAUUGUUACUUGUUUGAGUAAUUUUUCUAGUUACGCUCUCAAAAUGUUUUCGGUUUUCAUUAGUAAAUCAAUGGUGAACUCAAUUUUUAUAAAAGAAUAUUUAAAUGUUACAAUGAUAUGAUAGCUGUGAAAGAACAUUGCAAUCUUUCAAAGUGAUUUUUUUCUUUCUUUAAGUUCAGAUAGUAUGAAGCUGCUUAUAAGAAAAAAGUGUUUGCAUUGCAUUAGCAAAGAAAAUUAAACCGAAAGACAUUAACUGCAUUUUAAAUAAAAAUUUGAUGACUGAAAUUAUAAGUGCCCAGCAAUGAUUCACGGCAUAAGAUACACUUCAGUGAUCAAAAACUUCUGAAAAAGAAACUUCAAGUCAGUCAAUAGUUUAAUGACUUUUAUGUCAGAACUGAUUAUUGUUCCUAUUAAAUGUACUAGUCAGUUGAUAGUUUAUUUUGCUAUAUUAAGUUUCUGAAGUACACACACAUUGCAAAUAAAAGACUGAAACAAGAAUAACAUUACUUGCUGCAUUCUAUUAAAAUCAGCUUUCCCUAAAGAGUAAUAAAGGAAAUUAAGACAAGGAAAGAAAAGAAAAAAAAAAAAAAAAUUUUGCGAACAGUGUCACCUGUUCUUUCUGAACACGUGUUACUUUGUAGUAACUUUGAUGUCAAAUGAAUGUAAAUCUUCGCCUACAUAAACAUUUCUUUCUUUACUCAGCUCUUGGGGCUGCACAGUCCAAGACGAAUGACUGAAAUGGUCUCCUAGUCUUACUAUGUUCCACUACAAAACUCUUGGGACAGGGUACAUUGAUGUCUUCAUUUGAAACACAUUGUCAUGUUUAUUUCCCCACCUAGUCUUUUGAGGAGAGUAAGUCGGUGACGUGUUUACCUCUGUGAAGCAGCAACUAUGGAAGUAACGUGCGAGAGCGGUUUUAUCAACAGCCAGCCAUCUAUGGCUGAAUUUAUGACUGCCCUGCCUCAUAUCAAUGAAACAUUUCACCGAGUAUCAUCCAUCAACGCUUUGCAGCCUUCAGUGCAGCCUCCGCCUUCCCUUUGUCAACUGGAAGUCUCCCCCCAGCCUCCAAGCACACUGCAUGGUUCUGUAAACGCUUCCCCAAGCCCACCGAGCAAGCAGCAUCCCGGGCCCGGAUCCGCACUCAACUCUUCUGUAGCAGAGUAUCCCUGGAUGAAAGAAAAGAAAACCUCAAGGAAACAGCAUCAAGAGAAUAACGAGAAUGGAAUGCCUCGUCGACUAAGGACCGCCUAUACAAACACACAACUGUUGGAACUGGAGAAGGAAUUCCACUUCAACAAAUAUUUAUGUCGGCCAAGGCGCAUAGAAAUAGCGGCUUCUUUAGACCUCACGGAGCGGCAAGUAAAAGUAUGGUUUCAGAACCGCAGGAUGAAACACAAGCGGCAGAGCAUGAUGACAAAAAACGGCGACGAAAAAAGCGAGAUGGAAGGCGGCGAGACGCCAACUUCUUCCUCUACUCCUACUGGAGGGGGGUCUACGCUUUCAGGAAACGAGGCCGAUACCAACAAGACAGACUCUGCAGAUGACCGAUCAGCGACCGAGACUUCAUCUUCUGUGGGAAGCCCGGAGAGACCACCGCGGGGAGCUAAGAAGCAGCGGGAGAUCUCGUCGGACAGAACUAUCUCCGACCGAUCGCCGUCUUCUACGGCGGCGGUAGCAGUCAGCGACGGCAUUAGCGAAGCUUUGUCGCCGUGUUCCUCCUCAGAAAGGCUUCUCAAUUUAGAUUCUGAUUUCACUCAACAGCAGCAGAAUCGUAUCCAUUCUCCCGGCUCUGCUCAAAUCAGUACAGCAGAUACUUUAUCUGCCACUUCGCGGAAAGGAAGUCCGGUAGUUGGGGAUCUCAAAUCACCAGAAAACUCUCUUUCGUCCUCACCCCCUACUGAACCUAUAUUGCACAACUUGAACAACCUAACGCCAGAUAGAUCUCAGUCUCUGGUAACCAAUGAUACAAAGAGCAGCCGCGUUGUAUGCUCUGGGAUGACAAAUGGGCAUUUAAAUACUCCAAGUGGGCGUAACGCUAACCACAGGAAGCUUACACAACCGUGCCCCAUGGACACAAGCAUCACUUUCUGCAAUUCUCCGUGCAAUAUCAACUGUUCGCCGGUUGCUACAAGUACGCACUGUACAAGUCCCGGUGGUGUAUAUCAGAUAACCUCACAGCAUUGUCCUCCACCACAUAUGUCUCCUAGUUCAUCGUAUCAUAGAACACGAUCUUAUUCAUCUACUGUCCCUUAUUCUGCAGAUCCAAACGGUUUGAUGACGUAUGGUCAAACAAAUCACAGAGGUUUAUCACCGAAUGUAGGACAAGGAUCGUACUGUUAUCGUACGCCUCCGCCUACCCCUAAUCAACAACAAUCUUAUCAACACCUUUCACCUCAACGCAUGGAUAAUGACUGGAUAGCGCAGCAAAGUUCUUAUGGCAACCAAGUUCAAUCUCCGAUCUAUUAUACAAAUGACAGGUCGUGUCCACCUCAACAUGGGGCGAUAUCUCAUAGUCAGACUUCUCAACUUGGAGCUACAGUCCCUCUUGGGUCCCAUUCGGUGCAUUCCACUCAGCAACGAAGUUCUGGUCAUCACCCACCAGUAUCCAGGUCUCCAUAUCCUUAUUCAGUAGAUUCAAUGCCACCCCAGAAUCAGUCACAUGAUUCUCAGUCACAUAGUGCUUACAUGCAUGAAUAUAGAGGAGAAAUGAACACUAACUACAGUGUGAAUAGAAAUUACAGUAAUAUCCACGUAAACAAUGGAUAUGAAUCAAGUGUUGCAUCGUCUGGUGAACAAUAUGUACCAAACAGUAUUAAUCCUGAUGGUUCAGUGUCAUAUUGCUAUCCGCACCACAAUAACACAAGUAACGGAUACCGCCCCGAUUCGUAUGAUGACAAUGGCUCACAGACAAUAUACUAUGAUUUGAGCAACAGUACAGGAAAUACCAGCCGAGUGCCAGACUAUAGUGCCACGGCUCCUAAACAAAAUUUUCCUCCUACAAGCAACCUGUACGAUGUUAGCCAUACAGUCGGGGACACUGCUAACAUUCCCACGUAUAAUCAAUCCGCGGAAAAUUAUCGGGGCCAGUGUCCAGCAGAUGGUGAUAUAUCAUUUAAUUACUACGAUUCCUCAGAUAGUUAUUCAUCAAAUAAUAACAACAAUAAUAAUGGAGCGGCAAAUAGCAAUUCUUGUGGAACUACCGACUUCAAUUUUCUUACUUUAGCUAGUGAAUUUUCGUCACCGGAAUAUUACCAGUUAAGCUGACUUCACUGAUUAUUACACAGGUGCAGUGAUCCUGAAGGGAAAAAAAGAAGCAUUUUUCACAGCACCCAAGACUGAAAAAAACACAUUCUGCGUUCAAAUCUAAAAGUUUAUAAAAAAUCAAACUUCAGACAAAGAGAUAGCGCUACUUGCAAUUAGACGUUGGGAAAAAAAAAGUAUCGAUAUUAAAAUGAACUUUUCUUAAUUUCACUUUACAUACGGCUUGAAUUGAUAGUUAAAGUAAAAAUACAGACCUUUCCAUUUUUUUAACACUUAAUAAAAGCACAAGUUUUGAUUUCAAAUUAAUUUUAAAUAAUGUAGUUUCAUCAUUAUUUUUCUUUACUGAUUCAUGAGAUAAUAGAUUCAAGAGCAUUAAUACUACUGUUUUUUGUUUAGUUUUCGAAAAAAAAAUACUGCAGUGAUUUAACUAUUGCUAAUAAAAGAAAAAAGAAAAAUGUAGUUAAAUAUACUAUAUGGAUUAGAUCCACUGAGUUGGACAAAAAAUUAUUUUCAAUUAAUAAAAACAAUUUGAAAUUUUUUUAAAUAAAUUUUGAAUUUAAUAUUAGUUUAUUUAUCAGAAAAUAAUAAUAAAAAAAUAAAUUACACUUAAGAUAUUUUUACAAGCUAUGAAAGCAAAUUCUUAGAUAAUAGAGUUGGACAGAAAUAAUUACUUUUCUUUUAUUUUUAUGUUAUCUCUUGUUCAGUACUAAGCGUUAACACUUAUUAAUCAUUAUGGAAAUAUAGAAAAUUGAUAAUAAUGAUAUUACGAACUAACCAGGUGCAUUUACAAGCGACCUGAAGUUAUACGAAGAUUGCUGAACGGGUUUCCUUAUCUCAUGUUUUGAGGUUUGAUUUUUUUUUCUUUUUUUCUUUUUCUUUUAAAUUAGAUUUUAAAAGAACUUUGACGGUUUUUAACGGUGCAAUGAAAUGCCAUUUCGGACACUAUGAUUGUGUAGAUAGUAUGUGUAUUUGUAUAGAGAUAUAAUUUGAUCUGUGUUAUUUUGUGGAAUUAAUACUAUAUAUAUAAUAAUUAUAUAUAUAUAUAUGUCCAUGUCAGUAGUGACUCAUUAUUAUAGAUUCUUAGGAAGGAAAUUAUCUAAAUAUCUGAAGAUCAAAUAUUAGUAUUGUUUCGAAAUGAUAUUUAUAAGUACAUGAAGAAACUACAUAUGAGAAAAAAUAAAAGACAAUCUUUUUUAUUUAAUAUGCAUAAUUUUUCCAUCAGAGACAAGAAAGCUUAGUUCAGCAUCAGUUUUCCCCGUAUUAUGGUAGAAUAUAUCAUACAUUUGUAAUUAGUUUUUAUAUAAAUAAUAAUAUGUCCUAAAAUGCCUGCUUAGAAUUAUUCUUAAUACACAUUUUGGUUGCAAUUUUAGUUAAAAAUAUACACGCAUUGUAUAAUAACAAAUUUAUAUCAGAAAUAUUCCUCUGUAUAGUAAUCAUAAAGCUUUUUACUACAGGUAAAAGUUCAUGAAAUUUAUAAAAUAAUGUGUUACCUUAUGUAUUUUAUUUAUUUUUAUUCUUAUAUUAAUUACCUCAUGAUUGUCCACUGGCAUGUAAUUGAUCUUCAUACGUCCUGUGUAAGUAUAAAUCAAUUUCCUAUUUCCCUACUUCUGCAAAAGCACUUCCAUCAGAAAAGUGAUUCUGAAUCCUGGUGAAAGACUGGUAUGAGUUGUUUUAUUUUAUAGCGUUUUAGUAUAAAUGUUUCAGAUUAACUAUAACAAAGCUAUGAGAGUUAUUUAUAGUUGUUCCUUACAGAAAAGGUAAUGUGUGCGUUUAGUAAAUGCUUAAUUCUAUGUCAUAGCUAUAUUAAAACUUUUCUUUCCAGUUUAAGAAUUUUCAUGUGUCUGUGAAAAUAUUAAACAAUGUAAAAAAGUCAAAAGUGCUGUCCAAGAACAGAUGGCUGUAGAUUAAUGGCAAUAUGUAGUAACUACAUUUAUUAAAUGCUUAUGUGUCAAGGCUUUAGUCAAUUUCUUUGUGAAAUACAG